UGGAGGGAGGAGCCAGGCUGUCAAGGUGAACCGACAGACUUCUGUUAUUAUUACCCCUGACGGUGGAACCACGACGCGCAGCUCGCAGCGGCACCGCGCAGGGAGCACACACAGCGGCGGAGCUCGCAUCCUUUAAUGGGGGAUAAUGUGCCCGGAGCCGCCAUCAACACACAGACACAGACAGACGGCGGAUCUGGGAAAGUGUAUUGUUCUCCUCUUCAUGCUUUGUGAUUUUUAAAAAGAAUUCUGGGCAUAAAGUUGAAUGUGGCGGAGUGAGUUGAGUGCGUCAUCUGGUAGGAAACGGCGGAAGAAUUACAGAGCAGUGUGAGGCCAAGGAGUCCCGCCUGGAUCUGAGAGGGAAGAUAUUGGUGUCCUGGCAGUAUGGAUGGACCCAUGGCUCCAGCACCUAGCUAUGCUAACGGGACCGGCUGCUUUACUUCACACAGGUGAACCGAGGAGUCACACAUCACCUGUGAGGUUUCUGGUGCUUCUGACUGGACAUCACCUCAGUUUAUCUGACCCAGGUCUUUGUUUCUUCCGGCUUCAACUCUUCCUUUUGUAUUAUUUCCUCUUGUCUCUUGGACCAAAGCUCUGCCUCAAAAACCAGCUGAUGAUGCCACUGUCAUUUUAUUUUCUGUCCGAGUAGACUUAAAACCUUUCAGCAAGUGCAGCUUUACCAGCCUUUCAUGGAUUAUUGGUGGAACCUUCUGGAGAAUUUAAAUGGAUGUCUGCUGCUGAAACAACAGGGAAGGUGCAGAGUUCAUCUGUAGUCCUUUGGAGUAACAGUGUGCCUGUGAAUGUGUGUUCAUCCUGGGAUUCAAACACAUUUCCAUCUCAGUGAGGAGCCGCAGGAGAGCUGAUUUCUAAAACAUCUGGACAGAUAGAGAUGAUUUUUUUUAUUUGUUUCCUGAUAAUUUUGAAAUAUAAAAACUGCUUCUUGUGAGAUAAAUGUACCUUUUACAUAAAAGAAAUUGGACAAAGAUUUUGUUUGAAGUGUUUGGUGAACUUGGGUGUGGUGCUGUGGCAUACCAAGUUUCUUAUUUCCAGACACGCAAUUUGGACAGAACCCUUUUUUUAAAAGCCAGUUUCGGCUGUCAGGCCUUAGAAGUGUGACAUCCUUGACCUGUGUUUGCCAAAGAAGCGACAAACAGGAAGUAACGCCAUUUGUCAUCUGCAGUUAUUCUGUAGUUCCCACCUUGAAUUACAACCCACAGGACCAAUGUCAGUAUUUAAUAGGCAACAUUUCUGUCACUGCAUGUGAUCAAUCUGCCGCCAUUUGACUCGUUUACCCUGGAGAGACCAAUCCAACACUCACCAGGUUUCCCAGCACAGCACAUACAUCCUGUUCUGGCCAUCUGAAUCAGCCUCUUCUGCCCUCGGGGGCAAUUCGCUGCCCACCGGUGCCCGCCAUGGUGAUGUCGCAGGGCACCUACACCUUCCUGGCCUGUUUCGCCGGCUUCUGGUUGGUCUGGGCGCUCAUCGUCAUGCUCUGCUGUUUCUGCUGUCACCCCGCAGGAUUCCCGCCUCCUCCUCUCCCUCCACUACCUUUGCAGCUGCCCAGGGAGCCGCCUCAGUUCUGCCCUCCUCAGCCUCUGUCGCCCCCACUUCCUCUGCAGGUUCCUCAUCCCCUGCCACAAGCAACCUGGGUCAGCAUGCCAGACACAGACAUAUUUGGGAAGCCGCCCUGCUACGAGGACGCAGUCCUGAUGGAGGAUCCUCCUCCACCCUACAGCGAGGUCUUGGCUGACCCACGGGGUGGCACCUACCUGAAACCCGCCCCAUUUCGAGCAGCGCCACUGCCUCUCAGGGAUCACCAGGAUCCUGCUCCAGUGUUCGAGACCAGCAAGGCUCCCGCGGUGACUGUGUUUCCUGAUCGGGGUUACUCCUCCCUGAUACGCCUGCCUUCAUCCCAGCGCUGGGACUCCCUGGGCCACCUCCUGUCUAACAUGGACCUGAACCACAACAGCCUAACCCCACCGACAGCCCGCUCCCUCCAGGCUGCUGCUAUCAUGGCUACCAUGCCCCGUCGAGAACCCAGGACACACCAUGAUGCACUUGGGGUCCAAAGUGGAAUAGAGGCACUACAGGGGGGGAUGCAGGGACGUCAAGGGGCUAUUCAUGGGUUUCAGGGGCGUCAUGGACUCAGGGGCCUGGAACCCAGCUGUGGCUUGCCAACAGCCUUCCCCCUUUUGGGUCGGAGCACUGCUGUCUAAAAUUGGGUAUUUACUGACCAGUCCACAGGUUGGUCCGUCCCUGAAGAGAUCUUUAAAGACAGACAUCCCGUUUGUGGGCCUGCUUUGCUGUUCAAUGUUUACAGCACUGACACCACUAAAUAAAGAGUGAAGUCCCUAAAGAGCCAGAUGUGGGUUAAAGUGCCGAAGGCCUCAGGAGCUCAGUUCCCUGUACAGUUCUGUGGGCGCAGGGCGCCACUUACUCUGCUGGGAUUGUGGUUUGAGCUCCAUGUGUCAGUAAAGAACAAAAUUACACUGCUUCAAAACCGUGUUGUUGAAUCACUGAGGGAUCCUGAAGUCAUAUGUAAGCUCACCGAGUCAAGGUCCUUUAGAACAGCGGAGGACAAGGAGAUAAAAUAAG